CGCUGCGCGUCACCGCUCCCGGCCUGGCGCGCGGCGGCAGCGGCACAAGCAGCGGCGGCCGCCGGACGGACGGUUCCGCUCGCGCCCGGCCUCGGGGUUUCUCGUCUCCCGGCGGCGCUCGCGCCCCGCCGCCUCGGGUUCCUCCCUCCCUCCCGCCGUUGGCCUCGGCCUUCGCGAGCGGGGAGGUCGGCGGGCUCGCUGAGGGCCGGUUGGCGCGCGCGCGGCCUGGUGCGCGCGGCGGAUCCUGCCGCUCGCGUAACGCGGCGCCCCGGGGCUCCCUGAGGUGAGGCCCGGCCGGCUCGGGCGAGGAGGGUGGGGAGGGGCUGGCGAAGAGCCGCUUCUCCUCGCCGCCGCCGCCAUGAGCGUGGAGGCGUACGGCCCCAGCUCGCAGACCCUCACCUUCUUGGACACCGAGGAGGCCGAGCUGCUCGGCGCCGACACGCAGGGCUCCGAGUUCGAGUUCACCGACUUCACUCUCCCCAGCCAGACCCAAACCCCGCCCGGGCCCGGGCAGGCGGGGCCAGGACAGGGCCAAGGGCCUCCCGGAGCAGGGCAGGGACCGCCGGGACCGAUCGAAGCACAGGUUAAUGGGCCUGAUGGCAUUCUGCAGAAUGGAGCAGUGGAUGAUAACGUGGCUAAAACCAGCCAGCUCCUGGCAGAGCUGAAUUUUGAAGAAGAUGAAGAAGACACCUAUUACACAAAGGAUCUUCCUGUGCAUGCUUGCAGUUACUGUGGUAUCCAUGACCCUGCUUGUGUGGUUUACUGCAACACCAGCAAAAAGUGGUUCUGUAACGGGCGUGGAAAUACAUCUGGCAGCCACAUUGUUAAUCAUCUUGUGAGAGCAAAGUGCAAAGAGGUGACUCUCCAUAAAGAUGGACCUCUAGGAGAGACUGUCUUGGAGUGUUAUAACUGUGGAUGUCGUAAUGUGUUUCUCCUUGGCUUUAUUCCAGCUAAGGCAGACUCUGUGGUUGUUUUGCUGUGCAGGCAGCCAUGUGCCAGUCAGAGCAGUUUAAAGGAUAUUAACUGGGACAGUUCACAGUGGCAGCCUCUUAUCCAAGACCGUUGUUUCCUUUCUUGGCUGGUAAAGAUUCCAUCUGAACAGGAACAGUUGAGAGCACGUCAGAUCACAGCUCAGCAGAUCAACAAACUGGAAGAACUUUGGAAGGAAAAUCCAUCUGCAACCCUUGAGGACUUAGAAAAGCCUGGUGUUGAUGAAGAACCACAGCAUGUCCUGCUGAGAUACGAGGAUGCUUAUCAAUACCAAAAUAUAUUUGGUCCUCUCGUCAAGCUUGAGGCAGACUAUGACAAGAAACUCAAGGAGUCCCAGACCCAAGAUAACAUCACAGUCAGAUGGGACCUGGGCUUGAACAAGAAAAGAAUUGCCUAUUUCACUUUGCCAAAGACUGAUUCAGAUAUGCGUCUUAUGCAAGGAGAUGAGAUCUGCUUGAGGUAUAAGGGAGACCUGGCGCCUUUAUGGAAAGGAAUUGGUCAUGUUAUCAAAGUUCCUGAUAGUUCUACAGAUUAUGGUGAUGAGAUAGCCAUCGAGCUGAGGAGCAGCGUUGGAGCGCCCGUGGAAGUGACUCAUAACUUCCAAGUGGAUUUUGUGUGGAAGUCUACUUCAUUUGACAGAAUGCAGAGUGCUUUAAAAACAUUUGCAGUGGAUGAGACUUCAGUGUCUGGGUACAUCUAUCACAAGCUCUUAGGUCAUGAGGUAGAAGAUGUCAUUAUUAAAUGCCAGUUGCCAAAGCGCUUCACAGCGCAAGGACUCCCUGAUCUCAACCAUUCUCAGGUUUAUGCUGUGAAGACUGUCCUGCAGCGUCCUCUGAGCCUUAUUCAGGGUCCCCCUGGUACCGGAAAGACAGUGACAUCAGCCACAAUCGUUUAUCAUCUGGCCAGACAGGGCAAUGGCCCUGUGUUAGUCUGUGCUCCAAGUAACAUAGCUGUGGAUCAGUUGACUGAGAAGAUCCAUCAAACUGGACUGAAAGUGGUUCGUCUGUGUGCUAAAAGUCGUGAGGCAAUUGACUCUCCUGUGUCCUUCUUGGCAUUGCAUAACCAGAUCAGAAACAUGGAUAGCAUGCCAGAGCUUCAGAAACUGCAGCAGCUUAAAGAUGAAACUGGAGAACUGUCAUCUGCUGAUGAGAAGCGUUACCGUGCCCUGAAGCGAACAGCAGAGCGUGAAUUACUGAUGAACGCAGAUGUGAUCUGUUGCACGUGUGUGGGAGCUGGGGACCCGAGACUUGCAAAAAUGCAGUUCCGCUCCAUUCUGAUUGAUGAAAGCACCCAGGCUACUGAGCCAGAGUGCAUGGUGCCAGUUGUCCUGGGGGCAAAACAGCUCAUUCUUGUGGGUGACCACUGCCAGCUGGGGCCUGUUGUGAUGUGUAAGAAAGCUGCCAAGGCAGGUCUGUCCCAGUCUCUGUUCGAGCGGCUGGUGGUGCUGGGCAUCCGGCCCAUUCGCCUGCAGGUGCAGUACCGCAUGCACCCCGCGCUCAGCGCCUUCCCCUCCAACAUCUUCUACGAGGGCUCUCUCCAGAACGGGGUAACUGCAGCUGACCGUGUGAAAAAGGGAUUUGAUUUCCAGUGGCCACAGCCAGAUAAGCCAAUGUUUUUCUACGUUACCCAAGGACAGGAAGAAAUUGCCAGCUCAGGCACCUCUUACUUAAACAGGACGGAGGCUGCCAACGUGGAGAAGAUCACCACAAAGCUCUUGAAAGCUGGUGCCAAACCAGAUCAGAUUGGCAUUAUUACCCCUUACGAAGGUCAACGCUCCUACCUGGUGCAGUACAUGCAAUUCAGUGGCUCCCUGCAUACAAAGCUCUACCAGGAAGUGGAAAUUGCAAGUGUGGAUGCCUUCCAGGGGAGAGAGAAGGACUUUAUUAUCCUUUCCUGUGUGAGGGCCAACGAACACCAAGGAAUCGGGUUUCUGAACGACCCCAGGCGUCUCAACGUAGCUCUUACCAGAGCCAGGUAUGGAGUAAUUAUUGUUGGAAACCCAAAAGCACUGUCCAAACAACCCCUUUGGAAUCACUUGCUGAAUUACUACAAGGAGCAGAAGGUUCUGGUGGAGGGACCACUGAACAACCUCCGGGAAAGCCUCAUGCAGUUCAGUAAGCCCCGGAAGCUCGUCAACACCAUCAACCCCGGUGCCCGUUUCAUGACCACUGCCAUGUAUGAUGCACGGGAGGCUAUUAUUCCAGGAUCUGUCUACGACCGCAGCAGUCAAGGGCGCCCAUCCAACAUGUACUUCCAAACCCACGACCAGAUCGGGAUGAUCAGCGCGGGGCCCAGCCACGUCACUGCCAUGAACAUUCCCAUCCCCUUCAACCUCGUCAUGCCCCCCAUGCCACCCCCAGGCUACUUUGGCCAAGCCAACGGCCCAGCUGCAGGACGUGGUGCACCUAAAGGCAAGACUGGUCGUGGUGGGCGUCAGAAAAACCGCUUUGGGAUUCCUGGAACUAGUCAGUCAAACCUUCCAAACAGUCAAGCGAGCCAAGAUGUGGUGUCCCAGCCUUUCUCCCAGGGCCCACUGACCCAGGGGUAUAUCUCCAUGAGUCAGCCCUCACAGAUGAGUCAGCCUGGGCUCUCCCAGCCAGAAUUAUCCCAGGACAGUUACCUUGGUGAUGAGUUUAAAUCUCAGAUCGACGUGGCGCUGUCGCAGGACUCGACGUACCAGGGUGAACGUGCUUAUCAACACGGUGGCGUGACGGGACUGUCACAGUAUUAGAGUGUUGAGGAAGAAGAGCUAAGCUUGGCGUGGAGCUUAGUUCAUCAGCAUUUUAUUCUGGGUAAUAAAAACAAUAAAAUAAAAUGGAUACCUGUUUUCCACUGCUAAAACUGAAGCACCACUGUGUGAGAGCAACAGGAGAAAGAAACCAACCAACGGAGAGGAGAGAGAGAGAGAGAGAGAGAGAGGAGCGCGAGAGAGCCCACUGCUAUAGCUCAGUGAGACCAGGAGGCGGAGCGGAGAGGAGAACGCGCUGAGGCAGCCGCGGCCCCGCUCCGCCGCGCCGGGAAGGGCCCGGCGCACGGUUCACUCAUUCCACACUUCUCUUUGCGAGCAGGGCAUUGCUUUUCAGAGCAGAUGAGGGAGAAGAAAACCCUCAUCUCAGAGUUGUUGUCUUUUUUUCCAGGGGGGUACAAUGUUUUAAGCAGUUUUUAAGCAGCAGAAGUGUCUGAAGAGAAGGAAGAGAGUUCCUGACCCAAGCUGGCAGCAGCGAGCCGAGCGGGGACGCGGCGGGACGGAGCUGAUGAUGCUCAACUCUGAGAUGCAGGUUUUGUUGUCCAACACUGGCUCUGAAAUCCUAGUGUCAUCGUGUUGCCCACACUCUGAACAGGGCCUUUCGUCACCAGGUGGUUUUUUUUCCUUUUUGCAAGAGAUCCUUUCCAAGGAGCAACCGAAAUCUUUGUGUUGUAGGAGUUUGGCUCUGAAUUCCUAGUGGUGGACCUGGGAGAUCCUUGUUCUGAGAAGCUUAAACACACACACACACACCAAAAAAAACCAAACCAUGUUUGAAAACUAAAUUAGAGCACCAACCUUGAGAAUUUUCAGUGUGAUUUAAAGUUGCAGCAAUCAGCCUCUUCUUCCUACGUUGGAUAGCAGUUAGAGGGAAAGGAGCCUGCGCGCUCGAGCAGCAGGAGGGUUUCCAAGUGUUUUCUGUAUGCUUUAAUUGGCUACUGUCUGGACUCUACUCUGUGAAAAACAAGCCUUUCUGUAAGAUGAACUUUGUGCUUGAAAGGGGAUGGGUUGCUGUGCCCUUCGGCCCUGGAGGAAGAGGAUGCUAGCAGGCCUGCCUGCCUCCCGCAGAGCUGGGGCAGCAGUAGUGGCAACUGGGGAUUAUACUGGUUUUGAGGUAAAGACUCUGCUGAUGUUACUGGAGCAGGUUGGGGGGAGGGGGUCAAAAGAUGAAAAAGUGGACAUACCAGGCAGUUUGUUGGAAGGUGGCCUCUGAGCUGGGUGUAAUUAGAGACACUGGGUUAGGCUUUUGUGUGGCUUCUUUGGUGGUGAAGGCAGAGAGCUGAGAGAGGCAGGUGUGUGACACCAAACCCGGAGCUUGCUGGAGGCAGCGGCCUGGAGCUGGGCUCUGGGCUCAGCUCCACAGCUGCCUGGAAGCUAAACUGCAGAACAGCACAUGAAGAGAAGCCAUCCACUUUCAAAGUUGUACCCAUGUCUUAACUAAGUCAUAGGGGAACACUGGGAGCAUUUUAUUUCUGUCUAAACCUUUUUAGCAACAGUGCAGAGACGCUGAGAUCCCUCCAGCCCCAUUUUUAGCAGAUCCCUGAAUUAGACUGGCCUCAACCCCCCAAUUGGCCACAGACAGGGAGGGGUUAAAGUCUGAACCGACUCAGCUUUAUACUCAAAGGGCUCCAAGUGUUUCUAGUCUUUUUUUUGGGGGGGAGGGAGGGGGGAGGGACUCAAAAUACCUCUCACAUGAAUGUACUUCAAUGAUGUAAAGCCCUUUUUUUGUAAGCCAGGGGGGGAAGCCCUUUCAUCCCUGUCCUUUCUGUAGGUUGUUGCCCCCACCAUCAUCACCCCUCUCUUUGCUGUAGUUUUUUCAGAGUGUCUCUUCCCCAGCACACCCCAACCCCGAGGGGCUGAACCCCCCAGGGCCCUGUGCCAGCCCUGCACCAGGAACUUUCCAGCCACCACACACCCAAUUCUUUUUCUCAUUUAAAAACAAAAAGCCUCCAGAGUUUCAACUUCUACCAAGUGCAAGAAACGGAGACACAGGCCACCUUCCUUCCUUGUGAGAUGGACUGUUUUAUUUAUUAACAUUGCCGAAGGGCUUUUUACUUUGUUUCCUUCUGUAGGCUGUGUAGUUGCAUUUAGGCUUUUGGGAUAGGUUGAAGCUGUGCCCCUUCCCCCUCUGUGCAAUGCCAAUCCAUUGAGUAACCCCCUCCUCUGCCCUCACCCCCUUUCUUUCACUGCUGGGAAUGCUUGCCUCUGCUUUGUGCUGGUUUUUUCCUUUGUAGCAGUUACAAACUCUUGAGUUUUAUAAAUGCAGCCCUCAGUGCUAGCACGGUGUUUCAACUCUUCUUUGAUUUUUUUUUUGUCUCAGUUUGUUUUAAACCUGUUUGUCAUCAAUAAACUGAAUAAACAGCUCUUGCAUUCA